AUGCGAGUGUGGUGGGCGCCUCAGGGCCGAUGCCUCUUUUGUGCCUUCCGACAUUUGGCUCCGCCCCUAAGCCAGAGCUUCAGCACAAGUUCCCCAUGGCAAAGAUCAAAGAGCAAGAAGAAAAAGGAACUGCAAGCCAAAUGGGCGAAGUCCAAGAAAUCUGAAGGUUCUGGUUCUACGGAGUUACAUACAAGGGAAACCAAACCCUUUCCACAUAUUCGGUCACGGAAUUCAAGGCGCUCAGCGACAGCAAAACAUGGGGACUUGGCGUCGGUGGUGUUGACAGCUGUAUCUGCAGUACGGAUUUCAUUCGAACGCCAGGGGCAGGUCCCAGAUCGCUGGCCCAAGUUUGUGGAUUUCGUAACGCGGGCUGUCAAAGGAGAAAAUCUCUCUCAUUCCAACCUAGAAGAUGCGGAGGCUCUCAAUCUUAAGUCAAGACUUGAACGCACCUUUAUCGACUCUGGACCAGCCGAAUUGACCAAAACAUUGAAACGAGAAUUCAAAAUCUACAACUACGAUGUUAAUUUCUCCUCAACCCUCAGGGAGCAGAGAGCGCUGGCCGAUCUUCGCAAUGCUACCGAAUGGUACCCUGCUGCUCGAAGCCUAUAUCGCACAAUCCAUCUUCACGUUGGACCCACCAAUUCUGGAAAAACUUACCAUGCCCUAAAACGACUCGAAGCUGCGAAGACUGGAUUCUACGCAGGCCCCCUACGGCUUCUGGCUCACGAAGUCUAUACUCGCCUUAAUGCAAAGGGCAUCACAUGCGGCCUUGUAACUGGUGAUGAGGUUAAAAUCUCAGAAGGUCAGAUACCGGGAAUUUAUAGCAAUACAGUCGAGAUGGUUCCUCUUGGCCAAGACGUCGACGUUGGGGUCAUAGAUGAGAUCCAAAUGAUCGCGGACCCUUUUAGAGGUUGGGCCUGGACCCGGGCAUUAUUAGGCGCUCGUGCCCAUGAACUCCAUCUUUGCGGCGAAGAGAGGGUUGUACCGUUAAUUCGUGAUUUAGCAGGGCUGAUGGGGGAUAGGCUCGAAAUUCAUCACUAUGAGCGGCUUAACCCACUCAAAGCCAUGAACAAAAGUCUGAAAGGAAAUUUGGCAAAUCUCCAAAAGGGAGACUGCGUCGUUGCAUUUUCUCGUGUCGGUAUCCAUGGUCUGAAGCAAGAUAUCGAAAAAGCAACAGGUCGUCGAGCUGCCAUUGUCUAUGGUAGUUUGCCCGCGGAAAUUCGGUCGCAACAAGCAGACUUGUUUAACGAUCCCAAUAACGACUAUGACUUUCUGGUGGCCAGCGAUGCGAUUGGCAUGGGCCUCAACUUAAGCUGCAAGCGCAUUAUUUUCGAAUCCGUGGUGAGAAGGCUACCAACCGGGUUAACGCGACUUUCGGUUUCUCAAAUCAAACAAAUUGGAGGACGUGCUGGUCGGUAUCGCCCAGCUUCAAAUGUUACCGAAACAGACAGUUCUAUUCCAGGCAAAGAUGCGGAAACCAAUGUCGGAUUUGUAACCUCGCUCGAAGAUGUAGAUCUUUCCUACAUUCGGAAGGCAUUGAGCGCUGAACCAGAGCCCAUUCUUUCCGCUGGUUUAUUACCACCCGAUUAUGUUAUCAAGCGAUUUGUGGAACAUUUUCCGGCCAACACACCCUUUUCCUAUGUUCUGCAGCGCUUGCACAACAUAGCGCUAGUAGAUCCCAACUUCUUCAUUGCUGAUAAUCAGGGCCGUGCUCAGAUAGCAGAGGCUAUCGACGGUAUCAAAGGUUUAGGCAUAGAUGAUAAGAUGGUGUUCCUCUCAGCACCAGCUCAUAUGCGAGAUCACCAAAUGAGUACUAUAUUCAGGGAAUUUGUACGUUGCGUUGCUGAAAAUAGGAGUGGCGAUAUUCUCGACAUCGGUGACCUACCCCUUGACAUCCUCGAUAAACCAGUCUCAGGCGACAAGACGUACCUCGCCACGCUCGAAACGCUCCAUCGAUCACUUGUCCUCUACCUCUGGCUGAGUUACAGAUGCGGAGGCGUUUUCACCAACCGGGCACUUGCUACCCACGUCAAAUCGUUAACGGAAAUCAAAAUGGACAGGGCGUUGACUGAAUUCUCAGCGAAUCGACACCUGCGGAAAGCCACUUCCCUUAGGAGGCAAUACGCUUUGCGUAAACAGACAGAACUGCGGGAGAAAGCCUUCGCUGCUGAAUCCGAAGGUAUUGAUAUCAACGAUAUCGACCUCGAGAAUAUUCCAGAAGCAGAGGAGUGGGAUGAUAUGCCUGAGCAGAAAGAAUCAUUAAAAGCUUCCUCUUCAAUGACAUAG